AUGGGGCUGCCACUAGCCCGCCUGGUGGCCGUCUGCCUGGCCUUGGCCUUGGCCAGGGGCUCGGAACUCCAGAGAGAAGCCAGAUCACGAAACCAUGUCUGCAGCACCUGGGGCGACUUCCACUACAAAACCUUCGACGGCGACGUCUACCGCUUCCCUGGCCUCUGUGACUAUAACUUUGCUUCCGACUGUCGAGACUCCUACAAGGAAUUUGCCGUGCAUCUGAGGCGGAGUGCUGGCCAGGAUGGGGGCCACCCCCGGGUGGAGUCCGUCCUGUUGACCAUUAAGGAUGACACCAUCUACCUGACCCAUCAGCUGACUGUGGUGAAUGGAGACAUGGUCAGCACUCCGCACUACAGUUCUGGGCUUCUCAUUGAGAAGGAUUCCGCCUACACCAAGGUCUACUCCCGUGCUGGCCUCGCCCUCAUGUGGAACAGAGAAGAUGCACUCAUGAUAGAACUGGACAGUCGGUUCCAGAACCACACCUGUGGCCUCUGUGGGGACUUCAACGGUCUGCAGAUUUAUUCCGAGUUCUCCUCUGACGGCAUGCACUUCAGUGCCAUCGAAUUUGGAAACAUGCAGAAGAUCAACAAGCCCGAGGUGGUGUGUGAGGACCCGGAGGAGGCGCCAGAGCCCGAGUCCUGCUCUGAACACCGGGCUGAGUGUGAGAGGCUGCUGACGGCCGAGGCCUUCGAGGACUGCCAGUCGCGGGUGCCCGUGGAGCUGUACGUGCGUGCCUGCAUGCAGGACCGCUGCCAGUGUCCUCAGGGUGGCACCUGCGAGUGCAGCACCCUUGCCGAGUUCUCCCGCCAGUGCUCCCACGCGGGCGGCAGACCGCAAAACUGGAGGACCGCCUCACUCUGUCCCAAGAAGUGCCCAGAGAACAUGGUUUACCUGGAGAGCAGCUCGCCGUGCGUGGACACCUGCUCUCACCUGAAGGACAGCAGCUUGUGCGAGGAGCACUACAUGGACGGCUGUUUCUGCCCAGAAGGUACUGUGUAUGAUGACUUCACGGGCAGCGGCUGUAUCCCCGUAAGCCAGUGCCACUGUAAACUGCACGGACGCCUGUAUGUGCCCGGCCAGGAGAUUACCAACGACUGUGAGAAGUGUGUCUGCAAUGCUGGCCGCUGGGUGUGUCAAGACCUGCCAUGUCCUGGCUCCUGUGCUCUGGAAGGAGGCUCACACAUCACCACCUUUGAUGGGAAAAAAUUCACUUUCCACGGGGACUGCUACUAUGUCCUGACCAAGGGUGACCACAACGACUCCUACGCCCUCCUGGGUGAACUGGCCCCCUGCGGCUCCACAGACAAGCAGACCUGCCUGAAGACCGUGGUGCUGCUGACUGACCACAGGAAGAACGUGGUGGUCUUCAGGUCAGAUGGCAGAGUACUGCUCAAUGAGCUGGAGGUGACCCUGCCCCACGUGGCUGCAAGUUUUUCCAUCUUCCAACCCUCCUCCUACCACAUUGUCGUGAAGACAGUAUUUGGCCUCCAGAUGCAGGUCCAGCUGGUCCCCGUCAUGCAGCUGUUCAUGACGCUGAACCAGGCCGCUCAGGGACAGGUGCAGGGUCUCUGUGGGAACUUCAACGGCCUGGAAAGCGACGACUUCACGACGUCUGGUGGGCUGGUGGAGGCCACCGGUUCCGGCUUUGCCAACACCUGGAAGGCCCAGUCGAGCUGUCAUGACAAACUGGAUUGGCUGGAUGACCCUUGCUCUCUCAACAUCGAGAGUGCCAACUACGCUGAGCACUGGUGUUCCCUACUGAAGAAGUCGGCAUCACCUUUUGGCAGGUGCCAUCUGGCUGUGGACCCCACUGAGUACUACAAGAGAUGCAAAUACGACACGUGUAACUGUGACGACAGCGAGGACUGCAUGUGUGCGGCUCUGUCUUCCUACGCCCGCGCCUGCGCAGCCAAGGGCGUCAUGCUGUGGGGCUGGCGGGAGCGCGUCUGCAACAAAGAUGUGAACUCCUGUCCCAACUCUCAGAUCUUCCUGUACAACCUGACCACCUGCCAGCAGACCUGCCGCUCACUCUCAGAGGGCGAUGCCCACUGCCUCAAGGGCUUCGCACCCGUGGAUGGCUGCGGCUGCCCUGACCAUACCUUCAUGGAUGAGAAGGGCCGCUGUGUGCCCUUGGCCAAAUGCUCUUGCUACCACGGUGGCCUCUACCUGGAGGCAGGGGACGUGAUCUUGAGACAGGGGGAACGUUGCAUUUGCCGGAACGGAAGGCUGAACUGCAUACCGGUCCAGCUUAUCAGCCAGAGCUGUAAGCCCCCAAAGAUGUUUGUGGACUGCAACAACUUGACUGCCCUGGCCAUCCGGAAACCCCGCCCCAAUAGCUGCCAGACACUGGUGGCUGGCUAUGUAUGUGCCAGGGAGGACUGUUGGAAGUGGUACUCUAUGCUCCUGCGCCUGGGCCUAGAGGCCAGCUUAGGGGUCUUGACAGGUAAACCUGUUUCCUUGCCCAGUGCUGUGUCCAAAGGGCCUCAGUACCAUACAGAGUGUGUCAGCGGCUGCGUGUGUCCUAAUGGGCUGUUGGAUGAUGGCCGCGGUGGCUGCGUGGAGGCGGAGGAGUGCCCGUGUAUCCACAACAAAGAUGUGCACCUCCCGGGGAGCAAGAUCAAGCUGGAUUGUAACAACACCUGUACCUGUCAGAGAGGACGCUGGGAGUGCACCCACUACGCAUGCCACGGCACCUGCUCCAUCUAUGGAAGUGGCCACUACGUCACCUUUGAUGGGAAGCACUAUGACUUUGAUGGGCACUGCUCCUACGUGGCUGUUCAGGACUACUGUGGCCAGAACUCGACGGGAUCUUUCAGUAUCAUCACAGAGAACGUUCCCUGUGGUACCACGGGUGUCACCUGCUCCAAGGCUAUCAAGGUCUUCAUAGGGGGGACAGAGCUGAAGUUGGAAGAUAAGCACCGGGUGGUGAAGGAGCUGGAGGAGGGCCACAAUGUGACCUACCUGACGCGGGAAGUGGGCCUGUACCUGGUGGUGGAGGCCAGCACGGGCAUUAUCAUCAUCUGGGACAAGAAGACCACCAUCUUCAUCAAGCUGGCUCCCUCCUACAAGGUGGGCUACCCACUGAGCCAGUUCUCCCAUUACAGCCAGCAGCACAGGCACACAUGA